AUGCACCAUGAAUGCUUACCACCAAUUAUUCACAGAGACAUAUCAAGCAAGAAUGUUCUGCUGGAUUCAGAAUUUGAAGCUCAUCUUUCAGACUUCGGCAUAGCCAAGCUUCUGAACCUAGACUCUUCCAAUCAGUCUAUGCUAGCAGGCACAUAUGGAUAUAUAGCACCAGAGCUUGCCUACACAAUGAAGGUGACUGAAAAAUGCGAUGUCUAUAGCUUUGGAGUGUUGGCAUUGGAAAUCAUCAAUGGAAAGCAUCCAAGUGAUUUAAUCUCUAGAUUUUCAUCACAAUCUGCAGACACUGAGGUAGAGAUGAACAAUAUGUUGGACCAAAGGUUAUAUCCUCCGACACAUGAAGUUGAAGACAAAUUGGCGUUCACCGUGACUCUGGCAUUCUCAUGCAUAAGUAUGAACCCACAGUCCCGGCCGGCUAUGCAGUAUGUUUCUCAGCUCUUGUCAAACUAA